AUCUGCGUUCUCGCCGGUGGGCCGGGAGCAAAGUGGCAUAUCGGCUUCUCCAUCCUGCAAAAGGCCUCCUGGGGUUUGCGCGGCGCUCUUUUCCCGCUCGUACAGCGCAUCGCGCUCUCGUUUAUAUGGUAUUCUACCCAAGUCUACUGGGGCGGACAAUGCGUACGCACCUUCAUCGCCUCCAUGGCUCCCUCCUUCAACAACCUAGAUACACCCCUUGCAAACGGCACAAUGACCGUCGCAGACUUCAUCGGCUUCAUCAUCUUCUCCCUCCUCUGUCUGCCCCUAAUCUACAUCCGCCCAGAACGCUACCACAUCCCCUUCGCCAUCGCCGCCUGCACCGUCAUCCCCACCGUCUUCGUCCUCUUAAUCUGGUGUCUCGCCACAGCCCGCGGCGCAGGCCCCAUGCUCCACGACAUCAACUCCACCGCCGGCGUCCAGCAAGCAACGGGCUCCCACCUGGGCUGGAUGCUCGCCCUCGGCAUCUGCACAAACAUUGGCGGCAUCAGCACCCACAUCUUCUCCCAGUCCGACUUCACGCGCUUCGCCCGCCGUCCUCGCGACCAGCUCGCCUCCCAGCUCGUCUUCGUGCCCGUCAACACCAUCCUCGUCGCCUUCGUCGGCAUCGUCUGCACCUCCUGCGCCGCCCAGCUGUUCCCAAAAACCCAGGGCACCCUCGUCUGGGAACCCUACCGCUUCCUCGAUGCCCUCCAAUCCCAAUACGACAACAGCGCCGGCGCCCGCGCCGCCGUCUUCUUCGCGGCCCUCGCCUUCAUCUUUGCCCAAUUCGGCAUCGCCGUCGCGGAAAACGCCCUCUCCAACGGCAUCGACCUCUCCGCCCUACUACCGCGCUACUUCAACCUCCGCCGCGGCGGCUACCUAACCGCAGCCGUAGCCUUCAUAAUGCAGCCGUGGCAGCUCCUCAACGGCGCAAGCAAGUUCCUCACAGUCAUGGGCGGCUACGGCGUCUUCCUGGGCUCCAUGACGGGCGUCAUGUUUGCAGAUUACUACCUCGUCCGCGCGCGGCGGCUGAAGCUGACGGACCUGUACGAGGCGAGCAGCCGGAGCGUGUACUGGUACCGCGGGGGCGUGAACUGGCGGGCCGGCGUGUCGUGGACGGUGGGCACGUUCUCGCUGCUGCCCGGGUUCGUGCAGCGGGUGCAGGAUCCGACGGUUGAGAAGGCGGGGUGGUCGCACUUGUAUUACCUCGCUUGGCCGUUGGGCUGUACCCUGGCCGUGGUAUCGUAUUGUCUACUGCAUGUUGCGUUCCCGAUUCGGGACACUCAUGCGGUUGACGACGCGGACUAUUUUGGUACGUUUGGACCGGCGGAGAGGCCGGUGCUGGACGGGGAGCAGCUUCCGUCGUCGUCUUCAAAGGCGUCUGAAGGGGAUGAUUCGACUACCAAGAUUCGUGAGGAGCCCGACGAGAAGAGUGUGUGAGGGAAUAGGUCGGUAUAGUGGUGUGUUAUGAUAACGAGCCUGCUGUUGUCUUUUCCUUAUAGCGCGCGGGAUACCUUUUGUUGUGCGGUCUCUACUCGAACUGAACAUGCCAUGAUGGCCCUAAUCACUUACCAUCACUUCUAUUAUGCGUUCGAGUGUGAGGAAGUUGAGAUGUGACGUGUCGGAAGAGGUGAUGAAGCGGCAGCGUGCCGUCGACCCAAUCUGCAGUUCACCUUUGGCCCAUCAAGAAUUGAUACACCCAAGAACAAGGUGCUAAAUGUGACGGUUCAUCUGCAAGUCUUCCUAGCGUCGCCGGUAUUGGUUGCAACUCAUACUGGAAGGGUGCAUAUUUCACACUACCAGAAUGAUGAUAAGAGAGGAUUCAAGAUGUCACAAGGGAG